GUCGCUUGGUGAUGACGUAGCAGGAACCGGAAUUUGAACACGCGUUACGGCGCUGUAAACAUUGUAGCGUGUUUUUAAUGCCGGUUUUGAGGAAGGUGACAUGACAUCUGUACUGGGCAAAAUGGCAUUCCACAAUAGGUUGAUUCUAGCACCCAUGGUAAGAGUAGGUACUUUACCCAUGAGACUUUUGGCACUGGACUAUGGUGCAGAUAUUGUCUACUGUGAGGAACUGAUUGAUCUCAAAAUGGUUCAGUGUGAGAGGGUUGUGAAUAAUGUCUUGGAGACUGUGGACUUUAUAGCACCAGAUGAAAGGGUUAUGUUUCGCACCUGUACUAAAGAGAAAGACCAUGUAGUCUUUCAGAUGGGAACGGCUGAUCCGGAGAGAGCACUGGCCGUAGCCAAGCUUGUUGAGAAUGAUGUAGCAGCUGUUGAUGUGAAUAUGGGCUGUCCAAAGGAAUACUCAACCAAGGGUGGAAUGGGAUCUGCACUCCUUUCUGACCCUGACAAAAUUGAGACUAUUCUGACCACUCUGGUGAGGGGAAUUUCAAAACCAGUAACUUGCAAAAUUCGAAUCCUUCCCACUCUGGAGGAAACCAUUAGUUUGGUGAAGAGAAUUGAAAAAACAGGGGUGGCAGCAAUAGCGGUGCAUGGCAGGAUGAGAGAGGAGAGACCACGGCAUCCAGUCCAUUGUGACUAUAUUCAAGCUGUAGCUGAAAAUGUGUCCAUUCCAGUCAUCGCUAAUGGUGGUUCUCUUGAUCUUAUAAAAACAUAUGAUGAUAUCGAACAAUUUCGAGAGACAACAGGAGCAUCUGCUGUGAUGUUAGCUCGGGCUGCUAUGUGGAACCCAUCAAUAUUUCGUUGCCAGGGAAUGGUGUCAGUAGAUGAGGUUAUGGAAGAAUAUGUCAAAUAUGCUGUUCGCUAUGACAACAACACAUUCAACACUAAAUACUGCCUGUGCCAGAUGUUAAGGGAUAGGGUGGAAUCGCCAAUGGGCAAACAGCUUCAUGCAGCGCAGACCAAUGAAGAAAUCUGUAAGGUAUUUGGAAUGACUGAUUUCUAUAAGAAAACCCAGGCUGAGCUGGAGGCUCGCAAGAAAGCCCUUGAUGCCACCAGCAGCAGUCUUUCAGACCAGCCUGUAAUGGACGGAGAUGUCAUCACUAUGGCUAUCAAGUUCGAAAGGAGAGAGUAUCCCCCUCAGAUCACCCCAAAGAUGUAUUUGCUUGAAUGGAGCCGGAAGGAGAAGGUGGAUCAGCCUGUGUAUGAAACUGUGAGAUCUGAACGCAAUAACAUCAGCAUUCUUAAUGAGCAACGUGCUCAAGACAGAUGUUUCCAGUCCACGGUAUUAGUGGCAAAUAAGAAGUAUAGGUCCACACUAUGGGAGAAGUCCAAGAAAUUUGCUGAACAAGCUGCUGCUAUAGUGUGUUUGCGCACACUCGGUGUGCCAGAGGGACGUAUCGGAGAGGGCUACUCAGGACUGGUAAACAAGCGAAAAAGGGAAGAGAAAAAAAGUACCACUUCAGAGGAGGACAGUGUUACAGACUUAGCACACAGGAAGAGACGGCUCACUGAGCCAUCGCAAAAAGAGGAACACGGAUCAAAUGACAAUUUGGUGGUAGUGAAUGGCUCCUGUGGUCAGACUGUGUCCUGACCAUGACUAGAUGACCACUGCUCACGUUCUGAAUUCUCCACAAGGGGUGUGUCUGCUGCUAUUUGUCUGUUUUACAUUUGUAGUGAUGCACCACAACAUAUUAGAUUUACACCCAGAGACAUGUCAGCUUGAAGAGAUGCAUGUUACCCUAAAUACUAUGCACUCUUUUUUUCUUUUCUUUUUUUUUUAAAUUUUAAAUCAGAUAAUUGUUUUAAGUAGUAUUUCUCACUAUGACUAUGUGCACCACACCGCCAUUUUAUAUGGUACAUUUACUCAGUGCUGCUACACCGAUGCACUCUCUGUGCAUUAUAGUGGGUUUUUUUCCGCUCUCAACCCAUCUGUUUAUUACCAAACCAGACAUGGCUUGAACUGGGUGAGUGAGAAGAGAGCUACACCAAAAUGUGCAGAGUAUUCUUACCUCACAACCUGGAUUGAGAAAUGCUGUUCUAGUCUAUAUGGAUAAAUGGAUGUUUAAUAGACCACUGUUGGAUGUUUAACUCGAGUCCUGCUGACCCACUCUAAUGUAACUUUAAGUUUGCCUAGCUCCCAACACACCACAUCCAGUCCCAACGUAAACAAAGUACCAUUAGGACUGGAGUAUAGAAAGCCUGCCACAGACCAGAAUGAGGCUUUUAACUGUUGACCUCACAGACUAUUUGGUGUAAACCAAAACUAAUAUAAUCAUACAUUUGGUCAUAUAAUGGUUUCUUAUUAAAGGUGACCUGAGGUGUUUAUGGUGUGUUUGUUGAACGAUUGUAUAUAUGUGAACAUCAUUUUAUUUUUAUUAAAACAUGUUAAAGAUGUAAA